AUGGCAAGUACAACUCCCAUCUCGAUCAUCUCCCUCCGCACUGACCAAGACGGACCCGCGCUCGGCCCACGUAUCCUCGACGCAGUCGUCAAGACAGGCUUCUUCUACCUCUCGGAUCACGGCAUCACCCAACCCGAGAUCGACUCGCUGUUCCGCCAGAGCGCGCAAUUCUUCCUGCACGAGCCCGAGUCGGAGCGAGUGAAAUGUCAAGACCGACCGAACAACACAGGCUAUACCUCGAUGCGGCAGGAGCGGCUGGACCCGACUCAAGCGGGGGGUGACCUCAAGGAGUCCUUCUACCUAGCAGGUUUGGCGCGCACUGCGUCUGGCUCCUCCCCUGCGCCACCACAAUACCAACCUCCCUCCCAACUGCUGCCACCAUCGCUCGCAGAGCACGAGUCAUCAAUUGCGGCGUUCAUCGAAAAGUGCAAGUCCAUCUGCGAUACCGUGCUCGCGGGCUUCGCUGAAGCGAUCGAUCUGCCAUCACGCUACUUCGUCGACUCGCACCAUGGGCAGCACGAUCGGUUGCGGCUCAUCCACUAUCCGCCUGCACCGGUGUCGACCGCGGCGUCAGCAUCGAUGAGCAUCCGUGCUGGAUCACAUUCGGACUACGGCUCGUGCACGCUGCUCUUCCAGAAGGACGUCGGUGGGCUGCAGGUUGAGACGCAACCCGGGCGAUGGGUCGACAUCCCACCCCAACCAGGGUGUAUCGUGGUCAACGUGGGUGACGCGAUGGAGUUCUGGAGCGCAGGGCUGUUUCGGUCUACACAGCAUAGAGUGGUCUUGCCAAGGGUGGAGAGCGAGACGGCAUCCAGGUUUUCGGUCGCCUACUUCUGCCAGCCGGACGAGGAUGCGCGCUUGGAGGCGUUACCGAUCUCGCAGAGCGUGAGGGAGAAGUGCGGGGGAAAUCUGAUGGAUAGGAGCGAGUUUGAGACGAGGUGCAGAGCGAAAGGCGUGGCGGAUGUAACAGGGCUCACGGGCGGUCAGCAUCUGCAGGCUCGGUUGAGCGCGGGCUACCGUCCCACCCGGUCGUAG